AUGCUUCUCUCACAAACUCGGGGCCGCGUGCCCUCUGCUCUCCGGAGCUUGGCUAACCGGACUUCCAUCCGACCCAUUUCCACUACCAUUCCCCGGCAAAAGGCCUCCUCUACCGACGAUGAGCCCGCUCUCAACAAGGUCUCCCGCAAUAUCACACAGCCUAUCUCGCAAGGUGCCUCCCAAGCUAUGCUGUACGCCACGGGUCUCACGGAAGCCGAUAUGAACAAGGCCCAAGUCGGAAUCUCCUCCGUCUGGUAUAACGGCAACCCCUGCAACAUGCACCUUCUAGACUUGAACAACCGCGUGCGCGAGGGAGUGCAGAAAGCAGGACUCAUCGGAUACCAGUUCAACACUAUUGGCGUUAGUGAUGGUAUCAGUAUGGGUACUAGCGGUAUGCGAUACUCGCUGCAAAGCCGUGAUCUUAUUGCCGACUCUAUUGAAACCGUCAUGGGCGGCCAGUGGUAUGACGCCAACAUUAGUAUUCCCGGUUGUGACAAGAACAUGCCCGGUGUCUUGAUGGCCAUGGGCAGAGUCAACCGCCCCAGUCUAAUGGUCUACGGUGGAUCUAUCAAGCCCGGUUGCGCGUCAAUGCAGAACAAUGCCGACAUUGACAUUGUCUCCGCAUUCCAGGCCUACGGUCAGUACAUCACCGGCCAGAUCAACGAGCCCGAGCGUUUCGACAUCAUCCGCCACGCCUGCCCCGGAGGCGGUGCCUGCGGUGGUAUGUACACAGCCAACACCAUGGCCACAGCCAUCGAAGUUAUGGGUAUGACUCUCACCGGAUCCUCAUCCAACCCUGCCGAAUCCCAGGCCAAGAACGACGAAUGUCUCCGCGCUGGUGAGGCCAUCAAGCGCCUCCUUGUCGAGGACAUCCGUCCCUCAGACAUCCUCACCCGCCAGGCCUUCGAGAACGCCAUGAUCGUUGUCAACAUCACGGGUGGCUCAACUAACGCUGUCCUCCACCUUAUCGCUAUUGCCGACUCCGUCGGCAUCAAGCUCACAAUCGACGACUUCCAGGCCGUCUCCGACCGCACCCCCUUCCUCGCCGACCUCAAGCCCUCCGGUAAAUAUGUCAUGGCCGACCUCCACAACAUCGGCGGCACCCCGUCCCUCCUCAAAUUCCUCCUCAAGGAAGGCGUCAUCGACGGCUCCGGCAUAACCGUCACCGGCGAAACCCUCGCGAAGAACCUCGAGAAGGUUCCCGACUUCCCCGCCGAUCAGAAGAUCAUCCGCCCCUUCUCCGACCCCAUCAAGGAAACCGGCCACAUCCAGAUCCUUCGCGGUUCCCUCGCCCCCGGCGGCUGCGUUGGCAAGAUCACCGGAAAGGAGGGCACCGUCUUCACCGGCAAGGCCCGCGUCUUCGACCACGAAGACCUCUUCAUCGAGGCCCUCGAGCGCAACGAAAUCACCAAGGACGAGAAAACCGUCGUCGUAAUCCGCUACACCGGCCCUAAGGGCGGUCCCGGCAUGCCUGAAAUGCUCAAGCCCUCCUCCGCCCUGAUGGGCGCCGGCCUCGGCAACACUUGCGCUCUUAUCACAGACGGCCGUUUCUCCGGUGGUUCCCACGGGUUCCUAAUCGGACACAUUGUCCCCGAAGCCGCCGUCGGCGGCCCCAUCGGUCUCGUGCACGACGGCGACAAAAUCACAAUCGAUGCCGAGAACCGCGUGCUGGAUCUGUACGUUGAGGAGACGGAGCUUGCGAAGCGACGCAAGCAGUGGGAGCAGGAUCGGGCUGAUGGCAAACUGCCUGUAACGGGAUUGAGCCUGCGCGGGACGCUGGGUAAGUAUGCUCGGAAUGUGAAGGAUGCUAGUUCUGGGUGUAUUACGGAUGCGUUGGAGUAA